UGGACCUACUCCCUACUAAUCACCUACCUGCCUCCCUAGUAGUGACGACGGAUUAGCCUUAUUCAAACUCAGAGCGAAAAGUAUAACUACCCACUGCCCACUACACUCCUCACCACCUGCAUCUUUUCUGAAAACUCCUCCUCCUCCUCCCCAGACCAAAACCUCACCAUUCUUGCAUCGUGAGAAGAGGCGUCCGUCCCAUCCUUCCGGAGCCUGUUCGCCCGACCCGUCAGCCCUAGGCCAGGUCCAAGCCCACGCCCAAGCCAACAAACGAACGCCCUCCACUUCCGAACUCUCUUUCCCCGCGUCCCGCCAGGCCAAAGAAACAACCUGCAACAACUACUCCGUAGCAGCGAGUGAGAGCUGUAGACUGCACGGCACUACACUGCCCAGAUAGCAAGAAUGGAUUUUCAACAACACAGCGACUACUACUCCAAUGCAAACUAUCCCAUCUACCCAGCUCCAAUAAAUCACCUUCCCCCAACGCCGAACGAUGACUACCCUCCCGUGGGUGACCAUUUUCAUACAGUCCCACCCCAACCUCACUCCAUCCUGACCCAAACACAGGAUGAUUCCUUUGGGAAUAUAUACUAUGAACCUCAAGUACCAUAUGCUGGCCACGUGAAGCCGUCGCAUACACCGAUUUCUCCGUAUCAUGAAAUUAACAAGACACCAACCAUCACCCCAAAUAUUUCAAACAACCCAUUCCCCGAGCCUCCUCUGGAGGCCAACGACCCUUUUCGGCAGGGAAGCAAUAGUGACGAUGAAGACCGAACUCCAGCCCAACAAAGACGCAAGGCCCAAAACCGUGCUGCGUAAGUCUUCAACUACCAUCACUGUUUGCCUAAUCUAAGCACCAACUGACACCCUUCAGUCAACGAGCCUUCCGCGAGCGUAAAGACCGACAUGUCAGGGACCUCGAAACUAAGCUCGCAAGCCUCGAAAAGAGCUCCGCCUCAGUGAUGGAAGAAAAUGAGCGAUUGAAACUCCAACUUCAAAAGAAAGACACCGAGAACGAGAUUCUCAGAGUAACCUCCAACCGCAACGGCUCAGAGGCUCUCCCAGACGCGGGACCGAUGCGCUACUCGCCCACAGACUUCUAUACCGAGUUACUCUACGCACACGAUAACAAGACACCGAGCCACCGCAUCGUGACGAGCGAGACCGGCGAACGACUUCUGGCUGCGGGUGCAACUUGGGAUUAUAUUAUCAAGCAUGACCUAUAUGUAAGAGGGUUGGUAGACGUUGGGGAUGUGAGUGAGAGACUGAAGCGAGUUGCGAAGUGUGAUGGGCAGGGACCGGUUUUCGAGGAAAGUCAGAUCCUGCUGGCAAUUCAGCAGAGUGUUGCGAGUGGGAGUGAUGAGUUGAUGUAAAAACUGAUAUAUAAGAGAAAGAAUUUUGGGCAUAGGGAUUUGUCAUGGAGAUGGUGUUUGGAAUGGAAAGAAAAUUUACGGGAUUGGGGUGUUUGUUUGACAUAUGGGAUGGAGUUUCUUGGAAGGAUUUAAGGGGAUGGGGCUCUCUUUUUGUUUAAUCCUUUCUUCCAUGUAUGAGAUGGGGUUGGACUGUUUUUAUACUACAAUACAAUGCGUUUGAAGUGCCAUCAAUCGAAUGUCUUCCGACCUGACAUGCCGCUUUGAUGUCGAU